AGUACCCAUACAUUUGUUCUCUUGCAUUACCUAAUCCUAUCAUAAUUAAGAAAUCAAAUCAAGAAUCUACCAAAUAUCAUGGGUGAUUCUUCUUCUACUACUCCUCUAGAUUUUCAUGCUUUGAAUUCUACUAAUUGUAACAAUUCCUCUCUUUUGAUGAACUCAAAUAUGGAACUCCUAAAUAGCAUAAGCCAACAACUUCAAGAUGAUCAAAAUUUCACCUCAAAUAUUCAUCAUCAACAUGGUUUUUUGUCUUUGUCAAAUGAUCAAAACUUCUCUAAUCAUCAUCAACAACUCCCUAUCAUGCCUAAUUUUCAUAAUGAUCAUAUGAAUAUUAGCCAUGAUACUUAUGAUUCCGCCGCGGCUGCUGCUCAAUUUUUUACUUUGGGAGGUCCAAGUUAUGGAUGUAGUAGCUCAAUUCCAGAAUCAGACUCCAUGUUGAAUAAUAAUAAUAACAAUAAUAUUCCAACUCCUCCUCCUCUAAUCUCUGGAAAUACUAACAAGAACACAUGUGAAGGGAGAAAGAGAAAAAGGAACAAUCAGAAAGAAGCUGAGAAACCAAGAGAAGUUGUACAUGUUAGAGCAAAGAGAGGUCAAGCUACUGAUAGUCAUAGUUUGGCUGAAAGACUUCGAAGGGAGAAAAUAAAUGAAAAGCUCAGAUGCUUGCAAGAACUUGUUCCUGGAUGUUAUAAGACUAUGGGAAUGGCCGUGAUGUUAGAUGUAAUAAUCAACUAUGUCCGGUCAUUGCAAAACCAAAUUGAUUUUCUUUCAAUGAAACUAUCAGCAGCAAGUUUGUUUUAUGAUUUCAACUCAUCAGAGAUGGAUGAUAUGGAAUCAAUGCAGGGAACAAAUGGGUAUGCAGCAGCUCAAGGAAUGGGAAAGAAUAUUGUUGGAGAAGGGUAUGGAGGAUUUCCUCAAUUUCAAACUUCUUGGCCUCUUUGACCUACUCAUCAUCAUACUUUUAAGAAAAUAUACUCAUUUAUACUAUCCCUAUAAUUAAUAUGUUUGAACUCCUUAAUUUUUAUGAUAUAAACCUUUGAUUUCCAU